AGGGGGAGUUUGGGAAAGAAUGUGUGGAAUUUAUUUCCUGUUGAGCAGCUCAGAGCAGCGGAGAAGACGCACUGGAACAUGAAGAACAAACUGAGGUUCUGCUCUGGAACAUGAAGAACAAACUGAGGUUCUGUUCUGGAACAUGAAGAACAAACUGAGGUUCUGCUCUGGAACAUGAAGAACAAACUGUGACUCCUGCUGCUGGUUAAAGUCGGUUCUUCUGCAGGAACAUGGCUGAACCUCUGCUAAAGAGAACGUUCUCCAGGCUAAGAGGAAAAGACCGAACACGGAGGAAGACUGACCCCAAACUGAACGAAGCUCCGGUCCUCCAGACUUCUUCUUCACCGUCGUCGCCGUCACUGAUGACAUCAUCCAGGACAGCCGACCUCGACUCGCCGCCUCGUAACCACAUCACGGUCGCUAAGAAGCAGCAGUGGGCACGGCAGGGCUCUUUAGCUCCGCCCUCCUCCCUGCCAGCGAUGUCCCAGGAUGCACCUGGGCAGGUGUGGAGCCAGAGAGCAGCACAGCAGCAGACUCCUCAGUUUGGAGACUGGAGGAUCUCGUCCCAGCAGCCUGAAGCUCCGUCCCAGCGGGCCUACCUGCAGAGCCUGGACCGCAGCAGCCGGGCCUGGGUGCUGUCCUCAGGAAAGUCCCAGGCCUCAGAUGAAGCACUGGGCCCUCAGGAGAACAGCGGCAGCAACAUCUGGUACAACCCCAUCCCUGAAGAGGACGACGGCAGCGGGCCCCGCCGGGACGAGGACGUCUGGAGGAGGAGGGACGACCAGCAGGAGGCAGGGCCAACAGACGGUCCCCUGGAGGAUGCCAAUCCAAGCAUCAGCCACCAUGUUGAUGACAUCACAGCGGAAUGUCCAGACUCCCCUCCCUCUGACUCCAGCCCCGCCUCCCAGAAGAAAGGGGGCGUGUCUGGCAGUGUGAUUGACAGGCUGAGGUCUCCAGGUACGGUGAGGAAACUCUCCAUGAAGAUGAAGAAACUUCCUGAGCUGCGACGGAAACUUAGCCUCCGCUCGUCCUCUCGGGCCCAUCGCCAUGGAAACGAUGGCAGAGGGGGCGGCGACGAGGCUACCAAUAAAAGUGCGGCGCUGUCCAAUCAGAACGUCAUCAGCAGAUAUCACCUGGAUAGCUCCGCCACUCCCGCCCGACCGCUGCGGCGAUCGUCCAGAGGACGCUCAGCCAGUAAAGGAGGGUAUCUCAGUGACGGCGACUCUCCUGAGUUGUUGCCACGGCAACAGGCUCCUCAGCCCCCCCAGGAGGUGAUGUGCGACAUCUCCUCGUUCCGGCUGUACGUCGGUUCCGACCCGCCGCGAUGCAGCCAGAGAGUGACAGGUUUACUGACCGUCCACCUGCUGGGCCUGGAGGAGAUGAAGAGCGGCAGGUCUGAGGGCAGUAAGGAGGUGUUCCUGGCCAUCCAGGUGGACGGUGUGACCAGAGCCAGGACCGCCCUGCUGACGCUCAGAGGCUCCGCCCUUUCCUUAAACCACACCUUCCACCUGGAGCUGGAGCGAGCCCGGCAGCUCCGCAUCGUGAUCCUGACCCCAGCAGGUCCACCAGCACCAGGACCCAGUAGACCAUCAGUAGACCCUUCAGGAGGUCCAACCAGGAACAGAGUCUGCUGUCUGGGUGGAGUCUCCAUCCCGCCGCUUUUCAAAGGAAGUCGCAGUCAGCAGCUCUGUGUGAAGCUGGAACCCAGGGGACUUCUCUACGUCAAGCUGUCUCUGCAGGAAAAGUGGGACACUCAGCCCAGCGGGGAUUCGUCUACGCCUGCCAACGUGUUUGGAGUGGAAUUGCACCACCUGGUGGAGACAGAAGGAUCUGCAUUUCCGGUGCCCCUCCUGAUCCAGAAGACUGUGGCAGAGAUAGAACGGCGAGGCCUGAAGGUGGUGGGUCUGUACAGACUGUGUGGUUCUGCUGCUGUGAAGAAGGAGCUCCGGGAUUGGUUCGAGAGGAACAGUUUAGCGGUGUGUCUGUCUGAGGACCUCUACCCCGACAUUAACGUAAUCACAGGUAUCCUGAAGGACUACCUGCGGGAACUGCCGUCCCCCCUCAUCACUAGAACUCUGUACCAGGUGGUCCGAGAGGCCAUGAAGCUGCGACCUCCACCUGCAGCACCUGCAGCACCUGCAGCACCUGGAGCACCUGCAGAACCGGACCCUGAACUGUCCCGGAGAACCGUGGAGCUGCUGGGCUGCCUGCCACCUCCAGAGAGGGCAACCCUGUCUCUGCUCCUGGACCAUCUGAGCCUGGUGGCGUCCUUCAGCCCAUCCAACAGGAUGACCCACCAGAACCUGGCGGUCUGCUUCGGUCCGGUUCUGCUGACGCCGACCCAGGAGGCCUGGAGGGGGGGAGGAGGGGUGAGGGCGGGGCGGGGGGUGGGGAAAGGCUCGGGUCACGGCGAGGACGUUGUGAGCGCCGUGGACUUCAAACGGCACAUCGAGGCGCUGCACUACCUGCUGCAGCUGUGGCCAGUACCGACCCAUCGAGUCCCGGCUGACGACCACGGCGAUGCCUCCUCUCCUCCCUCCCCAGCCCUCACCCACCGUCCCCCGGGGCAGCGUCCCGCCCUGCGAUUGGCUGAGGAGGUGGUAGUGUCACGGCGGGGGCGAGGCGGUCCCGCCCGGCUGGAGAGCCCGCCGCCAAUCAAUCGGUACGCUGGAGACUGGAGCGUCUGCGGACGAGACCUGCUGUCGGGGCAGGACGCCGACUACGACGAGGUGGCAGGAAGUGACAGCGACGCAGGUAGUGGAGAUGAAGACGAGGAUGAAGAGAAGAAGGGGGCGUGGUCAGGAGCCACAGGAGGCGGAGCUUUGUACAUGGACGAGUUCCUGGACUUUGAUGCGCCGUUCAACUGUCGACUCAGUCUGAAGGACUUCGACACUCUGAUCCACGAUCUGGACCGAGAGCUGGCGAAGCAGAUCAACAUCUGCCUGUAGAGGAGGAAGAGGAUGAACAUCUGCCUGGAGAGGAGGAAGAGGAAGGAGGAAGAGGAUGAACAUCCUUCUGGAGAGGAGGAAGAAGAUGAACAUCUGCCUGUAGAGGAGGACGAGGACGAUGGAGGAGGAAGAUGAUGAAGAUGAAGGAUCUGACUUGAGUUCUGGGUCAUCUCCGUUGAGUUUUACCAGAUUUCUGAAGUGUUGCUUCAGCUCCAUCAGGUCCAACACUUUCCCGAAGGUUCUCAAAGGAACAGAAUAAAAUAAUAAAAAACAGGAAGUUCCCGCUGACCUCAGAUCAGCUGUUUGAACUCUCAGCAGCAUUUCAUUCAUGAGGAGGUUUUUCUCCUCAGAAUUCACCAAAGAAACCUGAGGAAACCUUCAGAUAGAGAGCAAAUGGUUUUCUAAAAGUUCAUUUCAUCUUUAGCAGGAAACAGUUUAUUUCUCACCAUGAUUAGAACAUUUUAAAACUCUACAAAAGAAGAUUAAUUUUAUCUUCACUCAUCUGAGAGAUGAAAAGAUUCAACAGGAAAUGAUCCAAACAUUAAUAAUAUAAAAGUUCUUCAAGGAACCCAAUUUAAAAUUGUAAAAUUAGUUUAAAUUAAAAAAAAAAAAGAAUAUAAAAUAUAUGUAUAAUUAGGAUAUAUCAUUAUGACAUCAUCACGAGAUUAAGAAAAUCAUUUAUUUAAUGAAAAAAGAUUUUUAAUCUCAUAUUUCUCAUAUAAUAAGUUUAAAUUAAUGAGAAAUAGCAUUUACAGCAGAUUUAAAAACCUUGUUCAGAAUGACAUCUGUCUUAUUUUACAUCAGUUUUUAUCAGAUAACUGCAAAAUGUUUAAUUAUCUCAUCAAGAACCAAAUGAAAAGGGAAAAAACGUGUUUUAAUGGAAACUACUCUCUUUAUUAUCAGACAUUUCCUGAAUCAUCAGUCCUAAAAUACAUUUUAAAACUAUAAAAGUCACAACAGUAAACAUAGAAGAAAAUUUUUAAUGAAAUAACAAACUAACAAAUCCAUCAUCAACAGAAGAAUAUCUGAAGGUUCUCUCAGUUCCAGUCUCAGGACCAAGAGGUUCUGAAACGUAUCGAUGUUUCCUCAUGAGCUCACAACAAGCUUUAAUUUAUUCUUCUGAUCCAAAGGGAGCUGCAGCUCCGAAGUUAGAACUUCAUGAAGGAGGAGACAAGUUCUCAGAGGUGCCACUAUAGGAACCAGAACCUCAGAGGUUCUCCAUGGUUCCUGUCACAGUGGCCACCCUGCAAACUCAAAGUGAAGGGAACUGAGUUCUGGGUAUCAGGGUCGGAUCACAGAGGAUCCAGUGGGUCCUGCUGGGUCCUUAGUUACAGUGGAUCAUUGUGGACCAUGAAGGAGCUUCAGGGUCUCUGAAGAUCCCUGUAGAUCUCUAAAGGUUUCAGAAGAUCUUUAGAGAUCUCUGUAGAUCUCUGAAGAUGUCCGUAAAUCUCUGUAGAUCUCUAAAGAUCUCUGCAGAUCUCUGUAGAUCUUGUUGGAUCUCAGUGGAUUUUGGUGUAUCCUGGUAGAUCUUGUGUCAGACUGUUUGCACUCUUGAAGCCAUAUUUUCACUUGUUGAAACUUAAAGUUGAAGUGAACAAACUGCAGAAAUCGCUGCUCGACUGCUUCCUGCUCGACCUGAACCAACCUGCAGUCCUGGUUCUGGUUCUGGUCCAGUUCAGGUUCUGUUCCGGUUCAGUUCUUUAUUCUGAUCCUGGUUCUGGUUCUGUCCUGGUUUGGUUCUGAUCCUGGUUCUGGUCCUGGUUCUGGUCCAGGUCCUGCAGCAGUGUUUGAGGACAGCGAUGUGAGCUGCAGUGUAUUUCAGUGUUUGUCGGUACAGAGCUGUGAGCAUUCUAAAGAUGUUCUGAAGAUGUUCUGACAGUGUUAUUUGUUUUGCACAGAUUCUAUAAGCACUUAUGUUUCUAUGGCGUUUCUAUGAUGUAACCAAAGUGUUGAAGCACAGAGUUCCUGUUGGAACCGAGCACAGUCUGUUUUAUUACCAGCAGAAAAUAAAUACAGUAUUAACCCCA